AUGAGUGACAACAAGAACAAUAAACAGCAAAUACGUGUGUGGUGUGAUGGAUGCUAUGACAUGGUUCAUUUUGGCCAUGCGAAUUCUUUGAGACAAGCAAAAGCUCUUGGUGGUGUAUUAAUAGUGGGAGUGCACACAGAUGAAGAAAUUGCUAAACAUAAAGGGCCACCUGUAUUUACACAGGAGGAGAGAUAUAAAAUGGUUCGUGCAAUCAAGUGGGUCGACCAAGUGGUGGAGGGAGCACCUUAUGUUACUACAUUAGAAACUUUAGAUAAAUACCAAUGUGAUUUUUGUGUGCAUGGAGAUGAUAUCACAGUUACAGCAGAUGGUGUUGACACAUAUCAUUUAGUUAAAGAAGCUGGUAGAUACAGGGAAGUUAAAAGGACUGCAGGAGUCUCUACCACAGAUUUAGUUGGAAGAAUGCUAUUACUUACAAGAGAACAUUUCAAGAGAGGUGACAAAGAAUAUUCGGUAGCUCUGGAACAUUCGUCGAAUCUCGGAACAGAUUCAACCGCCAGAUCACCUUAUACAGGUUGUUCACAGUUCUUGCCAACUACCCAAAAGAUAAUCCAAUUUAGCAGUGGCCUGUCACCGAAACCAACAGACAGAGUAGUGUACGUAGCAGGAGCUUUUGACCUCUUCCAUGUCGGCCAUUUAGAUUUCUUAGAAGCGGCGCACUCGCAAGGUGACUUUUUAAUAGUGGGGCUACACACGGACCUCGAAGUGAACCGUUACAAAGGCUCUAAUUAUCCCAUUAUGAACUUACACGAGCGUGUGCUCUCGGUACUCGCAUGCAAGUACGUGCACGAGGUGGUAAUAGGAGCGCCGUACAGCGUGACCGCGGAGCUGAUGGACCACUUCCGCGUGGAGGUGGUGUGUCACGGCGUCACUAGCAUCGCGCUGGACGUCGACGGCCGCGACCCCUACAUGGUGCCCAAGCAACGGGGAUGUUUUAAGACAUUGAACUCUGGCAAUACAAUGACAACAGAAGAUAUAGUGCAACGAAUUAUUCGUCACAGACUUGAAUUUGAAGGGCGAAAUUCACGUAAAGAGCAAAAAGAACUUUCUUUGGUGAAGGAAACACAAAAACUACACAUCAAGCAGAAUGGGAAUUGUGAAGGAGUAAAACAAGUUGUAUAC